GCAGCGUCGGCGCCAGUUGGCAUCCUCUGUCGUCAUCCUGUGUCUCUCCGCCUUUCUGUCCAUUUAACCAACUUUCUGUCCAUCUGUCUUGCCAAUUGCCAAUCCCAUCUUGCUGCCUGUCUACCAGAUGAUUAGGGACGGGUCCCGCUACAUCCGAGUGGAUUUGUCAUUUUUGUCAGGGUGCGUAUUCUUUUCAAAUUGCAAGCGCCUCGUCCAAAGCGUCUGCACGCGAGUGCGUGUUGGUUGAGCCCCACCCAUUGGUUGCUCUCGUAUCUGUCUGUCCAUAGCUGUCUCGUCUAUGCUUGCCGGUCCGUCCGUCCGUCCGUGCGUCGGUUGGUCCGGCCAGCCCCGCCCCGCCCCGCUUGCCUCUCGCGCCGUAUCCCCGCUAAUCCCGUCCAUAUAAAAGGCAGCCGUCGUCGUGUCGGGCUCAUCUGCCGUCUUGUCCUCUGGCCGCCGGUCACGCGAGCAAAGAAGCACAAAAGCGUCCGCGGCGGCGGAGAUGAAUCUGGAGACGCCCAAACCUGACGUCAAGUCGGCCACGCGGGUGAGCGGCGGCCCGGCCACCCCGCGCAAGGGUCCCCCCAAGUUCAAGCAGAGGCAGACGCGGCAGUUCAAGAGCAAGCCGCCCAAGAAGGGCGUUCAGGGCUUCGGCGACGAUAUCCCCGGGAUGGAGGGUUUGGGAACCGACAUCACGGUGAUCUGCCCGUGGGAGGCCUUCAAUCAUCUGGAGCUGCACGAGCUGGCCCAGUACGGAAUCAUCUGAGCUCAGCCGGAACUCGCCAACGCAAACACAAGCCCCCCGAAAUACACACCCACGAAAAAUAGAUAUCAAUAUAUCUCUAUUUUUUAUCGUUACCGGCAGCCGCUCGUGUUUAGAUGGCAUUUUGUGUCAGGCGCCCUGGCGUUGAGGCUCAAACGUCCUCCGUCCAGCUGUCGUCCGUCUGUCUUCGCUCACGGUCGACUCGCUGGCGACCUGCUGAUUUGUCGUUAGCGUAGCAGCCACACGACGUGUUGGCUUCCAUCUUGUUAUGACGCUUAAUUGACUUUGAAGUGACUUCGUUGCACUUUUCCAUUGCUUUCCUCAUCAUUUACGCGUUUGCAGUCGUUUACUUGUAUUUGCUUUCAUUUUGCUUGCUUUUCCUCGGCAGCCAGGUCAGCAUUGCAAAAGAGAAUCGGAGAAAUAGAGGUUGCAUUUUCAAAAUAAACAAUUGGUGGA